AUGCCUCAUCCCAACCCCCCGAAACACAUUGGCGUUAUCCUCUUCCCCGGCUUCCAGCUCCUCGACGUCGCGGGACCCCUUGAUGUCCUAAACAUCUUGUCUAAAACCUAUCCACUCCGUCUCUCCAUCCUAGCCCAAACCCUAGAUCCCGUGUCUACCGCGCAUAACGUCGAGCCUACGAUCCCAGGAUCAGAUUUCGCAGAGUCAAUUGUGCCGACGCACACCUUUGCAAAUCCACCCAAGGAUCUGGACGUUGCGAUUAUUCCUGGUGGGUUUGGGACGAGGGAUGAGGAGGUUAUGGGGAGCGUGGUUGGGUUUGUUAAGGGUUUGGGAGGGUUAAGGUGGAUAAUUACUGUGUGUACGGGGAGUGCGGUGUUGGCGCGAACGGGGUUGUUGGAUGGGAAGAGGGCGACGUCGAAUAAGAAGGCUUUUGCUUGGGUGAAACAGCAAUCCCCUGCCGUCCACUGGGUGUCGAAAGCUCGCUGGGUAGUUGACGGCAAUAUUUGGACAUCUUCCGGAAUUUCCGCGGGUAUUGACUUGAUAUAUGCAUGGGUGGGUAGUGUGUGGGGAGAGGAAGUGGCGAGUUUAAUUGCGGAUAGCAGUGAGUAUGAGAGGAACACUGACAGUGGGCGGGAUCGAUUUGCUGAGAGGUGGGGGGUUGCGAAACUUUAG